UUGUAUAUUUGUGUCCUUUAAUGAUAAAGGACUUAUUUAGGUUGUAUGUUUCUGUUUCGUGUUAGGCCGGACUGGAGGUUUAUUUCAAAUGGUUCUUAUUUAUUCUAAACAUUUUUGUGUGUGUUUAGAUGUAAGCUGAAGUGUAAAGAACGUUUUCGGAAUCGACAUGAAUAGUAACUGCUAGUAACUUCCAUUUGAUUGUAUUAGACCUUAUAGAUAAGUUCCCCUGCUUGAUAUUUCACCAUCGUAAGAAACACAGAGCGAAGAAAAUUUCGCGUUCAAAGUCAGCCAUUUUCCCGCUUCUUGUUGGAAGAAGAAGUAUAUUCGGACAGUCUUACCCGGCUUCCCGGCUCCGUGAGCAAUGGAGAUCAUGAUCAUGAUGAUGUAAAUCAGGCCGUGACGUCCACAUAGAGCAGUCGUGUCACAAUCGAUGUCGGUGUCUGACAGCAGGAUAAAGCUAUGGCUACUGCCUCUACUGAACAGGUAUACCAAUCUUCUUGAGAUUCCCCAAGUCAAGUCUACUGAGUAUGGUACAAACAGCUUCCGGCAUGCAGCUCCAGUUCUGUGGAAUGCUUUACCAGAAAGCCACAGGAAAGCUAGGUGAAGUGCUUGCGGGUGAUGUGACAGACGUUCUCCCACUGGACGUCACUCCCGUCUCCCUGGGCAUUGAAACCAUGGGCGGUGUCUUCAGCAGGCUCAUCAACAGAAACACCACAAUCCACACCAAGAAAUCACAGGUGUACUCGACGGCCGCUGACGGCCAGACGACUGUAGAGAUCAAGGUGUUCCAGGGGGAGAGAGAGAUCACCACACACAACAAGCUUCUCGGGCAGUUCAUGCUGAGUGGUAUUCCCCCCAUGCCCCGUGGAGUGCCCCAAAUUGAGGUGGUGUUUGACAUCGAUGCUAACGGCAUUGUGAAUGUGUCUGCCAGGGAGCAGGGAACUGGAAAGGAACAGCAGAUUGUGAUCCAGUCAUCAGGUGGUCUUUCCAAGGACGAGAUCGAGAACAUGGUGAGAAACGCUGAGAAGUACGCUGCGGAAGAUGCCAAAAAGAAGCCACUCAGCAAAAGCCAUAAGCGUCAAAAGUGGACCCAUUUCAUAUGCGUUGAAAUACGGAACGAGACAUUGAAGAAAGAACUAUUGAAGGUCCAGGACAGGAUUGAACAGAGCAAUGAGAUAAGGAUCCAGAUGCUUAGUAGAUGGACAAGACCUGGGAAAAGCUGAAGAGACUCGCCCAGAACCAAGACCCUGGAGGAAGUUUGUGGGCGGCCUAGAUUACAUGAUUAAGACAUGGGUGCAGCAUAAACGCUGAGGAUAUAUGUGUACACUGAAUAUAUUUUCAUAACGUACUUGAUGCUUAAUCAUGCUUUAUCGUUUCAUGCUUGGUAUUGUUUUAUGAAGUUGCAAGUUAAUUUGAAUGACAGCUGCAGUAAACUUCUAUUUCUUGUAAAGUAUGUUUAUAAAUGUAAACAAAAUCAUUUGUUAGCUCAUCUAUUUUUUGAAAAAAAAUUAUGAGCUAUUGUCAUCACCUUGGCGUCUGCGUUGGCGUCCGGUUAAGUUUUGCGUUUAGGUCCACUUUUCUCAGAAAGAAUCAAUGCUAUUGCAUUCAAACUUGGUACACUUACCUACUAUCAUGAGGGGACUGGGCAGGCAAAGUAAGAUAACUCUGGCGUGCAUUUUGACAGAAUUAUGUGCCCUUUUUAUACUUAGAAAAUUGAAAAUUUUGGUUAAGUUUUGUGUUUAGGUCCAUUUUAUUCCUUAAGUAUCAAAGCUAUUGCUUUAAUACUUGCAACACUUACUAACUAUCAUAAGGGGACUGUGCAGGCAAAGUUAUGUAACUCUGACUGGCAUUUUGACAGAAUUAUGUGCCCUUUUUAUACUUAGAAAAUUGAAAAUUUGGUUAAGUUUUGUGUUUAGGUCCACUUUAUUCCUACAGUAUCGAAGCUAUUGCUUUCAUACUUGCAACACUUAUUAACUAUCAUAAGGGGACUGUGCAGGCAAAGUUAUGUAACUCUGACUGGCAUUUGGACGGAAUUAUGGGCCCUUUAUACUUAGAAAAUUGAAAAUUUGGUUAAGUUUUGUGUUUUGGUCCACUUUACCCCUAAAGUAUCAUAGAUAUUGCUUCCAUACUUGGAGCACUCGCAAACUAUCAUAAGGGUACAGUAAAAGGACAAGUUGCAUAACUCUGGUUGUCAUUUUUACGGGAUUAUGGCCCUUUUUUGACUUAGUAACUUUGAAUAUAUGGUUAAAUUUUGUGUUUCAAUCCACUUUACUUCUAAAGUAUCAAGGCUAUUGCUUUCAAACUUCAAAUACUUUCAUGCUAUCAUGAGGUUACUGUACCUGGCAAGUUGAAUUUUACCUUGACCUUUGAAUGACCUCGACUCUCAAGGUCAAAUUAUUAAAUUUUGCAUAAAUUGCCAUAACUUCUUUAUUUAUGAUUAGAUUUGAUUGAUACUUUGACAAAACUACUAUUACCUGACAUACCACAAUAGACUCCACCCAAACCAUCCCCCCUGCCCUGCCCCCCUCC